UCACGAAAGAUUCCGGAAGGGACCUCACGACGGGAAGCAGCAGCAGCAAGCUAGUCAAGACUCCGGCUCAUUCCCUCUUGACCACGUUGUACAAAACGUUUUAUUUCUGUCAAACAUUAUGUCUGUACUGUGUUAUAAUAAAGGAUGUGGACAACGUUUUGAUCCUGACAAGAAUUCAGAUGACGCAUGCACAUACCACCCCGGAGUGCCAGUGUUUCAUGAUGCAUUGAAGGGUUGGUCUUGUUGUAAGAGACGAACAACUGACUUUUCAGAUUUCCUCAGUAUUGCUGGUUGCACAAAAGGCCCUCACAAUCAGGAGAAGCCCUCUGAGCCUGUUAAACCAGAAGUGAUAUCCUCUGUGGAGAAGAAUGUGAAUGAUGUGAAGCUCAAGUUUAAUGAAUGCAUCACCCAAGCACCAAAACCUCUGGAGUCCAUUCAGCGACCAAGUCCAGAUGAACCUUUCUCCAUUCUGCAACAGAAGAUCUCUUCUUCACUCAAACAGGCUUUAGAAAAGCUUAAAUUAACUGAGGAAAAUGCACAGGAGAUAAAGGAGGAGGAUAGUGAUGAAAUUAAGAUAGGGACGUCCUGUAAGAAUGGAGGCUGCAGUAAGACGUUCAGCGGACCAGCCAGUGAUGAUGAGACGUGUUUGUAUCACGCUGGUGUACCUAUCUUCCAUGAAGGGAUGAAAUAUUGGAGCUGCUGUAAGAGGAAAACCUCAGACUUCAACACGUUUCUGUCUCAGGAGGGCUGUACCCGAGGAAAGCAUCAGUGGAAGAAAAAAGAUACAGGAAAGAAGGUUGUGCCAUGCAGGUUUGAUUGGCAUCAAACAGGAAGUCAGGUUAUCAUUUCCAUUUAUGCCAAAAAUUCUGUACCGGAGCUGAGCUCAGUGGAGGGGAACAGUACUGUGCUCAAAAUCCACAUUAUAUUUGAAGGAGAGAAAGAGUUUGAACAGCAGAUCAGUUUGUGGGGGGUAAUCGACGCAAGUAAAAGUUUUGUGAACAUGAUGGCUACCAAAAUUGAGGUUGUGUUGAAGAAGGCAGAACCGAUGUCAUGGGCCCGACUAGAUCUUCCACCUGCAGCUCCUCCGAAGGAAAAAGAAAAGGAAAAAGAUGCUGACAGUGAGGAUGAGUGUGAUGAUUAAAUUAAGAGACUGUAAGAGAACCACUAUUCUCCGAAUAUUAGUGGGAAUCAAUUUUUUUUCUUUGGUUCUCAGGUUUGAUACAUAAUGAAGCAUAAAUGUGUUAUGUAAAUUCUGAAAGCUCUUCAUGUAUGUCCAAGGUCGCAUUAUAGAUUUAUUGUACAGGGCAUGCUUAGAGGGUUUUUCUGAGAAAGCUCUCGCUCAAAGAACCAAGUUAUUCUAAUACAAUAUUUUGAUUCAGACCAAAAUGUGUGCAGUCCUAGUAAAUGGAGCCUUUCACA